CAUGACGCUUUUUCAUUUCGGGAAUUGCUUUGCUUUGGCCUAUUUCCCGUACUUUAUCACAUACAAAUGCAGCGGCCUGUCGGAGUACAGCGCCUUCUGGAGAUGUGUCCAGGCCGGAGCCACCUACCUGUGUGUGCAGCUCUGCAAGAUGCUUUUCUUGGCAACAUUUUUCCCGACCUGGGAAGGAGCUGUCGGAGCCUACGACUUUAUUGGGGAAUUCAUGAAGGCCACGGUUGAUCUGGCCGACCUGUUGGGUUUGCAUUUGGUGAUGUCUCGGAACGCGGGGAAAGGCGAGUACAAGAUAAUGGUGGCAGCGAUGGGAUGGGCGACUGCCGAACUUGUCAUGUCAAGGUGUCUUCCUCUUUGGGUCGGUGCCCGAGGUAUUGAAUUUGACUGGAAGUACAUCCAGAUGAGCAUUGAUUCCAACAUCAGCCUGGUGCACUACAUGGCGGUGGCGGCCCUGGUCUGGAUGUGGACGCGCUACGAUCUUCCUGCUCACUUCCGGCUGCCUGUCACAGUCCUCUUGGGGCUCAGCAUGUACAAGGCCUUCCUCAUGGACUGCUUUGUGCACAUUUUCUUACUGGGCAGCUGGACGGCUCUGCUCCUGAAGGCGGUGACCACCGGCGUCCUGUCCCUGAGCUGCCUCACGCUCUUUGUAAGUCUCGUCCACGGUAACUGAGCCCCUCCUGCCGACUCUUCAAGAAGAUGUGAACAUGGGGGUGGGGAGAGCUUUCUAUGUUAUUCUACUUUAAAUUAAUUUCAUAAAACCUUUAUAAUAAAAGAUCGGACCAAUC